CGCAUCUUUCAGAAAUAGUGUUUUGCGGUGACGCAGAUUUCUUGCACUGUUUUCGUCGCAUUACUUGGAAACGAAAAUAGAAGGGAAACUCAGAAACUGAUCAAGGAUAAAGAAUCAUGAGCGAAAAUGAUGAAGAUACGACACUUUGUAGAAACUGUCGGAGGCAGAUCAGUACAUCCAACUUUGUACUGCAUGAAAUGCACUGCAAAAGAAAUAUUUCCCUAUGUGAACACUGCAAUGAACCAAUUCCUAAGGCAGAAAUGGAAGUUCACUUUGAGGAAAACCAUGCCAAAAUACCUUGUCCCAAGUGUAAAGUUCAGGUUGAAAAGCAGCAUCUGGAAACACAUGAGGAACAAGAAUGCCUGAAAAGACAAGUCAAAUGCACAUACUGUGAAAUGGAUGUGGCCAAGGGUGAGCUGGAUGAUCACCUAGAAUACUGUGGAACCAGAACGGAGAACUGUGUGCUGUGUGGACAGUUUAUAAUGGUGAAGGACAUGGCUCGACAUGAAGAAUCCCGGUGCAGUUAUGGAGGAGUUCAACCCAAAAGCAAUCCACGUACCAGUGUGUCAGUCCCUACUGCAAAAAUUGCACCAGCUGUCUCAAGCAGAAAACCACCACCACCAACACAAGCCACAGAUAUGUCGGAUGAUUUCCUGUUUGGAUCAGGUGAACUGAACACCUUCCAGAUGGAUGAGAUCCAAAGGUUGUUGGGAGCCAAUGGAAUGGGAGCAUCACAUCAGUCAGGGUCCACAUCUGGAGCUAGAUCCACUGCCUUCCGUGGAACCACACAGAUGGCUACCAGUAAGAACAAAAAGAAGGAGGUCAAUAUACAGAGACAGAACAGAAAUGGGGAGGUCAACCACAGUCUGGACCAUGACCAGACUUUUUUGCCUUGUGAAUUUUGUGGAGAAACAUUUCCUGUUGAUAUGCUUGUUUUACAUCAGGGUUCUUGUUCAGAAGACCAGUUAAGUUCUUUAAUGGACAACAACUCUACAUCAGCUGAGGACAACAGAAUCAACUAUCCAGAACCUCCCAUGGAAAGGCCAAUGCCCAACGUCAUAGAUAAUCUCCAUGGAUAUGACAUUUAUGAUGACUCUGACCCAUCUGGAGGGUUUGAUGGGGCAGGCCCUGUACAACUGGACGAAGAUUUGCUGCUUCCCUGCGAGUUCUGUGAUGACCUUUUCCCCCAGGAUGUUCUGGUUAUGCAUCAGGCAGUCUGUGAAGCUGAUGCUUUAAAAACUCCAAGAGUUAUGUCCCCUGCUAUAAGAAAUACAGAAAGUGGUUUGAAAAAAGUCCCUAACGCUUCCCGUGCCAAACCAAUGCAGCACACACCAAACAUCAACGAAAUUAUCUAUGGCAAAGACCAUCAUGCAACUCCACCUGGUCCUCACUCAAGAGACUUGGAUCACACACUACGAAAGUAUGGAAGUUCGUCAUUUGAUGUGUACAGUUCUAGGAGUCAGCGUAGAACAAGUGAGACUGAGAGCAUUUCUCCCACAUCUCCCAGAAGAUCUACAUCUCGGACCUCAGCGAGCAGUGCUGCUCGCACUAGAAUGACUCUAAAUAACUUGCUCAGUGACUAUGACUCUCCAGUCCCAACCCCCAAACCAGCGGGUUCCCGCAGACCAAGUGAUUCUAGAGAAACUGCAGGUUCUUUUGUAGGGUUUUCUUCCAGUUCUAGAAAAAGUAGUUUGAAUGCAAAUAAUCAUGCGAAACAAACAGCUCAUUCCUCUGUUAGGUCUACUCAGGUACCUGGUGCUACUUCUAAAAGAAAUGAUACAAAAAGGACAAAUAUUGGAGCCAACCGACGAGACCCAUUUGAUCCUGACCUAAAUGUUGGAAAUAUACGUCCAUCAAGGUCACAGAGAAACCCCGACGGUCAGUAUAUGCCGCCCACUCCUGGCAGCUUGUCUUCCAGACAGAGGGACAGAACCUUUGACUACGGGGACAGAACUAACAAAAACAGAAGUCCCACUAAACGAAGAGACCAGUAUUAAAACCAACCCUUUGGUGAUGGUCUACUGUAUGUCUCCAUCUGUUGGUAAAGGAAAAGAUUACAAAAAUUACCUGAAAUUAGUGCAUAUUGUUGUUGAUUUGGGUAAGGCCAUAAAAAAUUAAUCUCUAGGUUCUAAGGCAAGGAUUUUUAACAACAAAUGCGGUUGGGCAGUGAUAAUUUUUUCUUUUUAUUUCAUAAAAAUGGAUGCAGUAUUUUCUUUUUAUUUUAACAAUGUGCAAUUCUUAUUCAAAUCCAGAAAAAAGCAAUGUUUAUAGCAAAUAAAUAGUUACCUUGCAAAGAAUAUAUCAGAUUUAUUAGCUCAAACUAAAUGAAAUAAAUGAGUCAUUGUGUUCUACAGGAAACACUUCAACUACGUUCAUACUAAAACACGCCUGCCGUGAUGUUUGCAAUUAUGUUCUUUAUUAAGUCAAGCAUUUUACUGAUUUGAGUACCUAAAAUGCCGUCCUAAAUCAGGAAUUUUUUUCCAGAAUAAGCAAGCACACAAGAAAUUUUAUUUUAUUCAUGUAAUGAUAAAAAUGGGUAAUGCGGAAAGUUAAAUCAGAUGCUCGCUGGCCCGAGAACCAAAGAAUUAAUUUUUAUGACCUAAACACCAUAUUUUAUCUUCUCAUGCAGGCUUUGAGAUUAGUUUUUAUUUUUACAAAAAUGUACAACUGUUGAACACAUGUACACUCACUGUGAUGAGAAUUGACAUAUAAACAUGUACACAUAUCUUUGGAAAGAUUAUUUACAUGUCUAAUGUGAAAAAAAAUUGAUUUGUUUUAUACUUAAAAAAAAAAAAAUACUGGUUGUAUAUGACGUGACUUUUUCAUGUGUCUUUGAAUUCUGUAAGAUUCUUCAUUUGCAACAUUCAAACACAUAGCUACAACCAAAUUUAACCUUGCCACAUCAUGCAGUUAUCUUCUAGUGCUGUGAGAGCAGAAAUAUUCAGUGGUUAUAAAAUUUUGUUUGUCGUUUUAUUUAUUACAUAUUUUAACAAAAAUAAAACCGAAGUAAAUUUUUGGCUAUUUGAAGCAAGGAAAUUUAUCCUUAAUGAAACUAUUUAAUAUCAUAAAUCAGCAAAAUUUUAUAUCCUCUAAACAUUUCUUCUUCUGCAGUAUUUGCUUACUUAGUGUUCAAAAAGUGAAUAUACAUGUAGAUACCGGUAUUCAUUUUCCCCAGGGGUAUUAUGGAACUUUGUGUUGGAAUGCUAUGUAUUGUAAGGCUAUCACAGUGAAUAAUGUAUACUAGUAAUGGAAUAAUUUAUUCUUGCACGAGUUGCAUGCAUCUCUCAUGUUAAAAGUAGACACUGACAGUGAAACAAUCGUAAUCAAUUUUUAUAGCACAAGUUCUAUUUUCAGUAAGUGCUUGUUGAUUUGAAAUGAUUGUGAAAUUGCUCAAUUUAAUAGCUUUAAUAUUAGAAACAUAUUUUUGGGUUUUCACCACCAAGAAUAAUGACAUUUUUAGCUGCUGUUAUAUGUCUGGCACUAAAAUAUCACCAAUAAGGAGAGGGCAAUCAACUCCUAAAACUGAUUACAUGUUUAAUUUUGCUUGCAUAUGUAAAUGACAUGCAUGUAGGGUUAAUAUUCAUUUUUGAAAAUAAAUUGUGAUACUAUUAAAAAAAAUUUUGUUGUGUCGACAUUGAACAUUAUAUUUUGUGAUUUGUAUAUUGUUUAUACUGGUAUAUAUAUAUAUAUAUAUAUAUAUAUAAAAUGUACAUUCAUUUAAAGCUGGCUUGAUAUAGGAAUGUGUGAGAUGCAAAAUUAAAAGACUAUUGCUGUUA